CGGAAGUCCCGACGCGCUCCGGGCGCCCCGGGCCGCGGCGGCCGCACCAUGAGCGACAUCCGCCACUCGCUGCUGCGCCGCGACGCGCUGAGCGCUGCCAAGGAGGUGUUGUACCACCUGGACAUCUACUUCAGCAGCCAGCUGCAGAGCGCGCCGCUGCCCAUCGUGGACAAGGGCCCCGUGGAGCUGCUCGAGGAGUUCGUGUUCCAGGUGCCCAAGGAGCGCGGCGCGCAGCCCAAGAGGUUGAAUUCACUUCAGGAGCUCCAACUUCUUGAAAUCAUGUGCAAUUACUUCCAGGAACAAACCAAGGACUCUGUCCGGCAGAUUAUUUUCUCAUCCCUUUUCAGCCCCCAAGGGAAUAAGGCUGAUGACAGCCGGAUGAGCUUGUUGGGAAAACUGGUCUCCAUGGCAGUGGCUGUGUGUCGAAUCCCAGUGUUGGAGUGUGCGGCCUCCUGGCUCCAGCGGACGCCUGUGGUCUACUGUGUGAGGUUAGCCAGGGCCCUCGUGGAUGACUACUGCUGUCUGGUGCCGGGAUCCGUGCAGACGCUGAAGCAGAUACUCAGUGCCAGCCCUCGCUUCUGCUGCCAGUUCAUAACUUCUGUCACCGCACUGUAUGACCUGUCAUCAGAUGACCUCAUCCCACCAUUGGAUUUGCUCGAAAUGAUUGUCAGCUGGAUUUUUGAGGACCCAAGGUUGAUUCUCAUCACUUUUUUAAAUACUCCGAUUGCUGCCAAUCUCCCCAUAGGAUUUUUAGAGCUCACCCCACUCACUGGAUUGAUCCGCUGGUGUGUGAAGGCCCCUCUGGCUUAUAAAAGGAAGAAGAAGCCCUCCUUAUCUAAUGGCCACGUCACUCCCAAAGUUCCAAAGGACUCUGGAGGGAUGGACAGAGACUCCCACCUCUUGUACUCAAAACUCCACCUCAGCGUCCUGCAGGUCCUUAUGGUGGUCCAGGUGCACUUAACUGAGAAGAAUCUGUAUGGGCGCCUGGGGCUCAUCCUGUUUGACCACAUGGUCCCCCUGGUAGAGGAGAUUAACAGGCUGGCGGAUGAACUGAACCCCCUCAACGCCUCCCAGGAGAUCGAGCUCUCCCUGGACCGGCUGGCGCAGGCUCUGCAAGUAGCCAUGGCUUCCGGGGCCCUGCUGUGCACGAGAGAUGACCUGAGAACCUUGUGCUCCAGGCUGCCCCAUAAUAACCUGCUCCAGCUGGUGAUCUCGGGCCCUGUGCAGCAAACACCACAUGCGGCGCUCCCCCCAGGCUUCUACCCCCACAUCCACACGCCCCCGCUGGGCUACGGGGCCGUGCCGGCCCACCCUGCCGCCCAUCCCGCCCUGCCCACACACCCAGGGCACACCUUCAUCUCGGGCAUGACAUUCCCGUUCAGGCCCAUUCGCUAGGCCGAUCCCGUGUGCAACUGAGGGGCAGUGUGCCUUCUGUGUGGGCCAGAGGAAGCCUUUCAGAGAAGUGGGCAGCCAUCCCGCAGAAGAGGACCUCGUGGGAGCAGGCGGUGGCCCCUCGUUGCCCCGGCAGGACUGUCUUGGUGCGGAAGUUGUGCAGCGUUGCAGUCGGGGGGCCUCCCGUGGGGUCACAUUUGCAGAAGUCCACGUGGGAUCGAUGAAAGGAGGAGUGGGCAGCGCCUGAUGAGGGCUUGGGCGGCCUGCGGACACACCGACUCCACAAGCCAGUAUCUGUGUGUCGUUUCAGACAUGCAGGGAGCCCGUGCUGCCCCGAGCACAGCUGUGAUGAGCAGCAUUUGCAAGGCCCUUUGGCAUCUCCGUACGUGAAUGUGACAGGGCCCCUGCCACCCGGGUUCCCGGGGAGCUCCGUGAGCUCGAGGCUGGGCCUGGGCGCUUGGCGCUAGCUGGGGAACUGGGCAGGGACCUGCAAGAGGACCGCCCGUCCCCGCCGAGGAGCUCCUCUGUUUUAUCGGGGUCUAAAUUUUCCUUUCAUAUGUUCAAAUAAAUUUUUUCUAAACAGCUUUA